GACCUGUGCUUGCCAAAGACGACAAUGGCAAAGCGUAUAUGCUCAGUCCUAGUGUCUUUUCUAUUACUUGUUUGUGUGUGGGCAGAAAGCAGUAAGGUUGCCAGAGUAAACCUUGCGUCAUUCAAAUGGAAAGAUGCAGAGGAUAACAAGAACUGCUCUGCGCUUGAAUCGGAAACAUCAAGCUUGAGUGUGAUGCACAUUCACGGCAAGUGUUCUCCAUUCCGCCUCCCCAAUUCAUCAUGGUGGACAGCGAUAUCUGAGUCAAUCAAAGGCGACACCCAGCGCUACAGAGCAAUGGUGAAAGGGGGAUGGAGCGCCGGCAAGAGUAUGGUUAAUCCCCAAGAGGACGCGGACCUCCCUUUGGCGUCGGGGCAGGCCAUCAACACGGGAAACUACAUUAUCAAGCUGGGUUUCGGCAUGCCUGCGCAGACCUUCUACACUGUCCUCGAUACCGGCAGCUACAUCACCUGGAUUCCCUGCAACCCCUGCUCAAGUUGCUCAAGUGGGCUCCAAUUGUUCGAGCCAGGCAAGUCGUCAACGUAUAAGUAUCUCACCUGCGCUUCUCAGCAGUGUCAAAGUCCGGACUUCUGUUCGAACAACGGUAAUAAUGUUAACUGUAGCCUUCCUCUGCGCUACGGCGACCAAUCAGAGGUGGACGAGAUAUUGUCCUCUGAGACGCUGUCUGUGGGCUCUCAGACGGUUCAGGAUUUUGUCUUCGGAUGUGCGAAUGCGGUGAGCGGAGUCAUCCAGAGCUUGUCCAUUCCCGGUUUGGUUGGGUUUGGGAAGGAACCUCUCUCCUUCAUUUCUCAGACGGCCACGUUAUAUGACAGUACGUUCUCUUAUUGCCUUCCCUCACUCUUCUCCUCUGCUUUCACGGGGUCUCUCCUGCUGGGGAAAGGGGCUCUUUCUGCUUCGGGCUUGAAGUUCACGCCCCUCUUGUCCAACGCUAGGUACCCUUACUUUUAUUAUGUGGGGUUAAACGGAAUCUCUGUGGGAGAUGAGCUUGUUUCCAUCCCAGCAGGAACCUUGACAUUGGAUCAGUCGACGGGAAGAGGAACAAUCAUUGAUUCGGGAACAGUUAUCACUCGACUAGUGGAGCCCGCUUACAAUGCGAUGCGAGAUUCUUUCCGCCGUCAGCUUUCUAGUCUGAGUUUGGCUAGUCCCACAGAGAGUUUUGAUACGUGCUACAACAAACCGUCAGGCGAGGUGGAGUUUCCUGUCAUCACGUUGCACUUUGACGAUGGUCUGGACUUGGCUCUGCCGGUGGAAAACACGUUAUGGCCUGGGAAUGAGGACGGCUCCGUGCUAUGCCUUGCUUUCGCCCUCCCUCCGGACGGGGAAGACGCUGUACUUUCCACAUUUGGGAACUAUCAGCAGCAGAAGUUUCGAAUUGUGCACGAUGUCGCAGGGUCUAGACUUGGAAUCGCUAGUGAAAACUGCGGUGCUUAGUAGUUUGUUUGCUGAGUUGUGUUUAUUCACGGUAUUAUCGCCUGUAAUAUCCACUCUGCUCUACUAUAAUACUGUAAUAAUGUAGUACAAGUACGGUGUUAUUUCAACCUUAACUACCGCAUAUAUCUUAAUUUUAAUUUAUAUAUAAAAUAUCUUUACAGAUAUUUUUCGUGA